GGCUGAAGAGCAGCGAAUGGCUGCUCGCUUCCUAAACGACACCGAGAUCGCGAAAGCGCAGCGAGACUUCGAACUGAAGAAAGCCGCUUAUGACGUCGAAGUGCAGACGAAGAAGGCCGAAGCGGAGAUGGCUUAUGAACUGCAAGCGGCGAAGACGAAGCAGCGCAUCAAGGAGGAGCAAAUGCAGAUCGCGGUGGUGGAGCGCACGCAGGAGAUCGCCGUGCAGAAGUGGGAGGUGCAGCGCCGCGAGCGCGAGCUGGAGGCCACUGUGCGCAGGUCAGGCCCCAUCCCACACCAGAUGCUGUGCAGCAGACACCAGCAGCCCUCAAGGAGAGCAGACGCAGGUCGCGGUGGUGGAGCGAGCUCAGGAGAUCGCCGUGCAGAAGUGGGAGGUGCAGCGCCGCGAGCGCGAGCUGGAGGCCACUGUGCGCAGGUCAGGCCCCAUCCCACACCAGAUGCUGUGCAGCAGACACCAGCAGCCCUCAAGGAGAGCAGACGCAGGUCGCGGUGGUGGAGCGAGCUCAGGAGAUCGCCGUGCAGAAGUGGGAGGUGCAGCGCCGCGAGCGCGAGCUGGAGGCCACUGUGCGCAGGUCAGGCCCCAUCCCACACCAGAUGCUGUGCAGCAGACACCAGCAGCCCUCAAGGAGAGCAGACGCAGGUCGCGGUGGUGGAGCGAGCUCAGGAGAUCGCCGUGCAGAAGUGGGAGGUGCAGCGCCGCGAGCGCGAGCUGGAGGCCACUGUGCGCAGGUCAGGCCCCAUCCCACACCAGAUGCUGUGCAGCAGACACCAGCAGCCCUCAAGGAGAGCAGACGCAGGUCGCGGUGGUGGAGCGAGCUCAGGAGAUCGCCGUGCAGAAGUGGGAGGUGCAGCGCCGCGAGCGCGAGCUGGAGGCCACUGUGCGCAGGUCAGGCCCCAUCCCACACCAGAUGCUGUGCAGCAGACACCAGCAGCCCUCAAGGAGAGCAGACGCAGGUCGCGGUGGUGGAGCGAGCUCAGGAGAUCGCCGUGCAGAAGUGGGAGGUGCAGCGCCGCGAGCGCGAGCUGGAGGCCACUGUGCGCAGGUCAGGCCCCAUCCCACACCAGAUGCUGUGCAGCAGACACCAGCAGCCCUCAAGGAGAGCAGACGCAGGUCGCGGUGGUGGAGCGAGCUCAGGAGAUCGCCGUGCAGAAGUGGGAGGUGCAGCGCCGCGAGCGCGAGCUGGAGGCCACUGUGCGCAGGUCAGGCCCCAUCCCACACCAGAUGCUGUGCAGCAGACACCAGCAGCCCUCAAGGAGAGCAGACGCAGGUCGCGGUGGUGGAGCGAGCUCAGGAGAUCGCCGUGCAGAAGUGGGAGGUGCAGCGCCGCGAGCGCGAGCUGGAGGCCACUGUGCGCAGACCUGCUGAAGCCGAGAAAUUCAAAUUGGAGAAGUUGGCCGAAGCGCAGCGACUUAAGACCGUGCUCGAAGCAGAGGCCGAGGCUGAGGCCGUGAAAGUUCGCGGAGAGGCGGAGGCCUACGCCAUCAAAGCCAAGGCAGUAGCAGACGCCGAACAGAUGUCCAAGAAGGCCGAGGCGUGGAAGGAGUACGGAUCCGCUGCCAUGGUCGACAUGAUGCUGGAGACUCUACCCAAGGUGGCAGCAGAGGUGGCAGCGCCUCUGUCCCAAGCGCGCAAGGUGACGAUGGUGUCUUGCGGCGGCGGCGAAGUGGGAGCCGCCAAGCUGACCGGAGAAGUGCUCAGCAUCGUGCAGUGCAUCCCUGACUUGGUGAAGGGAGUCACUGGCGUCGACAUCAGCAAGGCCGUGGCCGAACCGCCGCCGGUGCCCACUCCGACGGCGCGCGGGGACUCCGCCAGGAAGGCACGAUAACUCCCCGACGACACCAAAAAAUGCUCAUUCAGAAUGCUCGCGCACUGUAAGCUGCAAUGAAUUUCUUAGCGUUGCCGCCGUUGCUCGUUACCUAAAGAGAAAACUACAUUUGAUGUUAAUUCAGAUUUAUACAUUAUAAUGUAUUAAGGUAAGUAAUAUUUUAUUCGACCUAAGUGCCACUUUUGGAAAACUCAAGGGAAAUACCAAAGCUGAAUUUACUUUGUUUACUGUAACGAUGUUACGAUAAAGUCUACGCCGCUACUAUUAAAAUAUAUUUUCGUACCUAUCUACUAGUGAACAGUAGAAAGCUUACCAGCCAGUCUGUAAUAAUGUAGUGUUUAGUGAUUAUCUUCAAACAAAAUGACACCGAAAUGUGUUAUUUUUUAUGUAAAAUGUUUCCUUAUGCUAACCAUCAAUCUUGUUAUUGCAACUGUUUCAAUUUAUGCAAAAAUCUUCCACAAAAUCAAUUCUUCCAUGUAUCUUCAUAAAAUGUACGACGAAACUAUUUUGAUCUUAUAGCUCGUCUUGUAAUGUUACGUUAUUCUAUUACCUCAACAAAUCAGAAAAUAUAUAUUUUAAAACUAAUCAAAGAAAUCGUUAAUUACUUAGUAGCUACUCGAACUUAGGUCCUAAAACUAAUUGGAUACAGUUGCAUUUUGAAAUCACCAAAAAAGUAACUUGACUUUGGGAACUACUCGAAGUUAGUUUAAAUUACUUUGGGUGCGUAGAACUAAAAUUGCUAAUUGCUAGUUUUUAUCCAUAGCAGCAUUACACUAUUUACAUGAUAAACAUUAUUGUUGUUUAUCUAAUUCUUGUUUCUACAUAAGUGGCAUUAACUUAUGGACAACAGAACAUGUUAUAAAGUCAUCAAUGCUGCUUACGUCAAGACAACAAUCCACAUCCGUGUAAGUCGUAUUGAUUGAUUUCUUUAUCAGCGACGACCUAAUGAGGCCUGAGGCUGUGGGAAUUCUAGCAUCUGUAACGUUAGCGCUAAAAAGGUUUGACACAAUGGCACCAUUUUUCUGCUAAAACUAAAGAGCGUCAGGCUGGCUGGUGACCUUAUCUGAAGUUGUGAUUCGGUCACUUUGUGUAUGGAGUAGGUGGACACUGGUGUGCUAAUAUAAUUUAGACUACUGUGUGACCUGAUGUUAGGUAAACUUAGUUUUGAUCUGUCGCUGUACAAAUGUGAUCCGCAUCCACUCGACCCAACCGUGCGACAUUGGUCAGUGCGAUGAGCGCUGUAUCUCUGUAACAAUACUAACAAUGUACAAGUGUUUGUUCUAGCAUACAUAAAAACAACUUUUGACCAAUCGCCUAAAUUUUUUCCCUAUGUAGAUGAUUACAAAAUGACUGUUAUACAAAAAAUAAUACCUAUAUUUUUUUAUUUAGCUAACUGUCGUUAGGGUAUAAUGUGGUAAAUAUUUGGUGUUCAAAAAGUGCAGUUUAGAAAAUUUAAUAUUGUAACUUAGCGCGUUCAUAUUAGACAUUAUUGAUGUCAUUUUCUAAAGUAAUACGAAUCGAGUAGAUUUUUAAGAAUUUGUGUGUAAACUUGUUUUCUACAGAGCGGUUCGGUUACCGUCUACAUUGGCUUAGUAACGGCUA